AUGCCCCCCGCCUGGCUGCGCAACAUCCUCAACCCAGCAUGCGCGAGCACGUCACCGUUCGACCCGCCGCCGACGCCGCGACGCAGCGGGCUGUGGGCGCGCUGGAGGGAGCAGCGCCGGGCGGAAGCCGUGGCCGAGGCGGCUGCUGCUGCUGAGCAUAACGCAGCCCACGGCCACGAGCCAGACGAGCAUGACCCGCCCGCUGCGCCGGGGCGGCAGCGCUUCGCCGUGGUAUGA